GUCUACAGAGUGAGUUCCAGGACAGCCAGGUCUUCGUAGAGGCACUGUCUAAGUUCUUUUUCUUUUGUAAACUUGUGUUGCAUAGAUAGGUUGCUGACUGCUGGUGUUUCUAUGGACAUACAAGGAUUUGUACAUAAUAAGGAGUUUAAUUUAUCUAGACACUGAUAUUAUGAUGUAUAAUGGAUAUCUAAUAUGAUACAUAGACACUUUAAUUUCAUCAAGCAUUUUUUUUAAUACUACAGGUGUGGUUCAGGGCUAGAGUUGUGCACAGCUCUGGGUUCAAUCUGCAUCACCUUAAAAACAAAAUAAAAGAAACCACUCUCUUCUGUAUGCUAAUAGAAGGAAAUAAGAGUUCUUUGAGAAUCUUAUUUUCUACUCAUGCAGUAUGGGAAUAUUUCAAAUUUCUCUUCUGAGGAGUCAUAUUUAUAUUUAAAUCCAUGAGUAUAAAAUGCAUGUUAAUUUGGGGAAAACAUAACAUAGAUACUCAUGAUGCAUGUAUCUAUGACAUGGUAAGUAGAUAACAGUCUACACAAAACAUCACUUAUCUUUUCAGUGUUUAUUAGCAUGUAUUAAUCGUGAUGUUCAUACAUGUGUGUGAUGUGUUUCAAUCACACUCACUCUCCCAUUGUCACCCCUUACUUCCUCUUCCCUUUCCUCUUCACAACUAGGCCCGCUCCAAUGUUCACGCCUUCUGUGUGUUUUUUAUCGGGGUGGUUUUGUCUUGGUUUGGUUUCGUUGGCUUUAUGAUUCAGGGUCCGUUAUUUCUCCCAGGCUAAUCUUGAACUCUUCACCUUGUAGUUGGAGACACAUGGUUUCACACCCACCUGUCCCUUAGCUAAAAAACCACAACACAGGUAACUGGAUUGAUGACUGAGAAGACUGUGGGAAAUAGUCAAUUCCAAUGCUCUUAAACUAUGUAUGCAGAUAACAGGUUGUAGAACAUAAGUAGGCUGGAAAAUGAAAUAACUGGUAAUUAAUUUUGUCUCCUUUUAAAAAGGAAGUGUUAAAGUACACUACAUAUCUUCCAAGUUUAUUCUGAAUAUCCAGAAAGUUCAAUACACACUACACAAAAUUGGGCCUUAUGUUCAUCACUGUUGAAGUUGGUUAGUCUGAUCUGUACAUGAAGAUUCACAACAUAAUACAUAACAUUCUGUAGUGUGGUAUACGUUUCAAAUUAUAUAUAAUUGUCUUUAAAGAGGUUAAACAUGUAAGUAUCCACUGUAAUCCCGUAGUAAGAUUAAAUUUCGCGGCUAUUUCAUAGCUGCAUAUUCAGAGCAAUAUAUGCAUUUUGGAAAAGGAUUUCUAAACAAAAUACAUUGCAAUUCCACUCGAAGCCUCUGGGCGCCGCUGUCGGCCAGUGCAGAGCAGGCUCCAACGCCCGGCAUCCCUCAGUCUCUAGGCUGGAAUUUCCUGAGCAGAAACGAAUACACUCCAAAGGGAACUCUCGCUUACAGAGACUAAAAGACACAGAUUCCCAGCCCCAAACUGGGGUCCAGCUGUAGGGGGCCAGAUGCACCACCACCUCGGAAGACCGCGCUCUAUCCUACUGUGAAGAUCCGAAGACCUAGAGAGAACCCGAGCCAGCAAUGGGAGGGAGCUGCGCGCAGAGGCAGCGCCCCGGCCGCCCGCAGGUACUGUUUACCCUGCUGCUGCUGCCUUUGUUCUGUCCCGCGCUGGGCCAGCCGGUCCGCUACUCCAUCCCGGAGGAGCUGGACCGCGGCUCUGUGGUGGGGAACCUCGCCAAGGUGGGGCUCAGUGUCCUGGAAGUCUCUGCAAGGAAGCUGCGGGUUAGCGCUGAGAAGCUGCACUUCAGUGUGGACGCGGAGAGCGGAGAUUUACUGGUAAAGGACCGCAUAGACCGCGAGCAGAUAUGCAAAGAGAGAAGAAAGUGUGAGUUGCAGUUGGAAGCUGUGGUGGAAAACCCUUUAAAUAUUUUUCAUGUCGUUGUGGAGAUUGAGGACAUUAAUGAUCACGCUCCUCAAUUCGAGAAGAAAGAGACGCGUUUAGAAAUUCUAGAAUCUGUGUCGGUUGGUACACGAAUACACCUUCAGCCUGCCACUGACCCUGACAUAAAUUUGAACUCAAUUAAAGACUACCAGAUAAGCUCCAACCCUUAUUUCUCAUUAAUGGUUAGAGUUAAUCCUGAUGGCGGCAAAACCCCGGAGCUAUCUCUAGAGAAACUCCUAGACAGGGAAGAACAGAGGUCUCAUCGCUUGAUACUGACUGCCUUGGAUGGAGGGGACCCGCCUCGCAGUGCUACCACUCAAAUAGAAAUAUCUGUAAAGGACAUCAAUGACAAUCCUCCAGUGUUCAGCAAAGAAGAAUAUAGGAUCAGUGUUAGUGAAAAUCUGCCCCCAGGGUCCUCCGUGUUGCAAGUGACAGCCACUGAUGAGGAUGAGGGCAUCAAUGCUGAGAUAAGUUACCACAUUCAGAGCACUGCCCAGAGCACAAGACACGUGUUCUCUCUAGAUGAGAAAACAGGCGUGAUUAAGAACAACCAGCCCUUGGAUUUCGAAGAGGUAGAAAGAUACCUGGAAGUGGAAGCGAAGGAUGGAGGUGGUCUCUCUACACAGUGUAAAAUCAUCAUAGAAGUCCUAGACGAAAACGACAACAGCCCAGAAAUAAUCAUCACCUCUCUUUCUGAAGGCAUCUUGGAGAAUUCUCCUCCGGGAGUGGUGGUGGCCCUCUUCAAAACGCGAGAUCGGGAUGUCGGAGGAAACGGAGAAGUGACGUGUGAGAUAGGCAAAGACCUGCCUUUCAAGAUCCAUGCUUCUUCUAGCAACUACUACAAGUUGGUAACAGAUGGAGCCAUAGACCGAGAGCAGAACCCACAGUACAAUGUCACCAUCACGGCCACGGACAGGGGCAAGCCACCCCUUUCUUCCAGUACAACCAUCACUCUGCACAUCACCGACGUAAAUGAUAACGCCCCGGCUUUCCAGAAGUCUUCUUACAUAGUCCACGUGGCGGAGAACAAUCCACCUGGAGCCUCCAUCGCUCAAGUCAGCGCCUCUGAUCCCGAUUUGGGAUCCAAUGGUCACGUCUCCUACUCCAUCAUAGACAGCGACCUGGAACCUAAAUCGCUGUGGUCCUACGUGACCGUGAACGCGCAGAGCGGAGUGGUGUUCGCUCAGCGCGCCUUCGACCACGAGCAGCUGCGCUCCUUCCAGCUGACUCUGCAGGCGCGCGACCAGGGCUCGCCCGCGCUCAGCGCCAACGUGAGCAUGCGCGUGCUGGUGGGCGACCGCAACGACAACGCGCCGCGCGUGCUGUACCCCGCGCUGGAACCCGACGGUUCCGCGCUCUUCGACAUGGUACCGCGCGCUGCCGAACCCGGAUACCUGGUCACUAAGGUGGUGGCUGUGGACGCAGACUCGGGACACAACGCCUGGCUGUCGUACCACGUGCUGCAGGCCAGCGAUCCCGGGCUCUUCAGCGUGGGGCUGCGCACUGGCGAGGUGCGCACAGCGCGUGCCUUGGGUGACAAGGACGCCGCGCGGCAGCGUCUGUUGGUUGGUGUUCGCGAUGGUGGACAGCCGCCCCUCUCGGCCACUGCCACGCUGCUGCUAGUGUUCGCUGACAGCCUGCAGGAGGCCCUGCCAGACCUCAGUGACCACCCACUACCCCCUGACCCUCAAGCGGAGCUGCAGUUCUACUUGGUGGUGGCCUUGGCCUUGAUUUCUGUGCUUUUCCUCCUGGCUGUGAUUCUGGCCAUAGCGCUUCGACUGCGACACUCCUCCAGCCCCUCUGUCUGGGGCUGCUUUCAAUCUGGUGUUUGCUCCAAGACUAGGCCAGGGGUUUCUCUCAACUAUAGCGAGGGGACUCUGCCUUAUUCCUACAAUCUGUGCGUUGGGCAUACGGGAAAGGCGGAGUUAAAUUUCCUGAAAUGCAGCGCACCUUUGCCUUCUGCUGAAGAAGUAGUUUGCGGUAGUUCUCCUGGGGCUUUAAUUCCGCUUCACGUUGGGGAUGAUUUGACUACACAUCCCGAGACUCUGACACCGGUAAGUUUCGUUUUAUUCUUAAAUAAUCCUAGUUUCUCUUGUUUCAUCCAUAGUAACUUCGUUUUGGUAUCCAGGUCCGUAUUUGAAAAAUCGGUAGCUAACUGCCACCGCGUCUUCUCAAUGGUGAAAUGAUGACUUUUUGUUCAUAAGUUGAUCUAUCCUUCAGUGAAAAAAAAAAAAAGUUGCCGGGCGGUGGUGGCGCACGCCUUUAA